AUGGAUGACUUACCUGACUUACCGAGCAAUAUUGCUAAGACCUGGGGGGCCAGGACUCUGAGAUCAAGGAAGUACUCACUUGAAAGUAUUGAUGGCAAGAAAAGAGAGGUGUCAGGGAUAAAUUUAGAUCUGGUGGAUAUUGAUGAAAGCGAAGAUGUUCGGAGUAGAGCUACCAGAAAGUAUGGAUUCACAAUAUUUUCAUUUUUCAGUUUUGUGUGGUGGCUUUUUCUGGUGAAUUUGUUCACCACAGCAUUGAUCGUUCUAUUUCUCAUUCUGCCACAAUCUCUCAUGUCCUCUAGAAACUUUCUGGAAGACGACAUGUGCAAAAAUGCCAGCUCCUAUGAAUGCAAGAACUCAUGUCUGACUAUGAAUAUGACAAUAGAGCAGCCUAUGAAGCCCUGCUUGGACUUUAGAACGUGUUACUAUACAGAACAGUAUGAGAAAAAGAUUGAAGCAAACUCCAACACAUCUCAGUUGUGGGCAGUUGUCAGUUUCUUGCAAGGAGCUGGAUGGAUGGAGCGAACGUUCUUCUUCAUCGGGAGUUACACAAAUAAAAGUUCCCCAAUUUUUUACAACAUGGAAGUGGCAGUGCUAUUGGUUGUCGCCAUCUACUUUCUUCUUUUUCUCGUUUCUAUGGUCUACAGCUCAUCAUCUCUCAUUCGACAACGAAUGAUGUCAGACAAGAAGCUUGUACAAUUGUCAGGGGACACGUUUCCUUCCUUCCUAUUAGCUGACAAAGUUUUUAGUGGGUGGGACUUCACAAUAGCAGAAACUUCGAGGGCAAUCAGCAAGAAAUACCAACUCAAAACAUUUUUCACUGAUAUGUACAUAGAGUACACAAAGUUUGGCAUGAAGAAGCCACUACUGCUGGCCAGGUUGAGGCUGUGGGCGGUGCGGCUGGCCAUCAACGUCAUCGUCGUCGCCCUCAUCGUCGCCUCUCUCGCCGCCAUCGUCAUUUCAAUCACUAAGCAGGAACAGAUAAUGACGGACGACGUGAAGAGGAACCAGGCUCUGAAGCUGCUGUGCUCCUUCACCCCCGCUCUGACUGUCGCCUUUCUCACCACCCUCAUGCCAUUCAUCUUCUCCAAGCUGGUCACCAGGGAAAAAUAUUCGGCCGAGAACAAAGUCAACAUGGUCAUAAUCAGGUCCAUCUCAUUAUACCUGGCCUCCGUCAUCACGUUGGUCGUAAGUAUCGCUGGUCGCAUGGUCUGCGAUCACCAGCCGUGUGACCGGGACAUCCUGUGCUGGGAGACUUACAUCGGCCAGGAGCUGUACAAGUUGAGCCUGGUUGACAUAUGCAUAGAGAUAGUAGGCUUCCUCUUGCAAUGCGUCAGGAAACGCCUUUAUGUUACGUAUCCUAACAAUCGGCUGUGCAAGUUGGUUGGGAACCAGACGUUCAACGUUCCAAAGAACAUCAUUGAAUUCAUCUACAUGCAAGCUAUGUGCUGGCUGGGCAUCCUUGUGGCUCCUGGCCUUUCCAUAAUGAACACCUUCAAGAUUUUACUACUCUUCUUUCUUAAAUUUCUGACGCUGAUUUGGAACUGCAGACCGAAGGAGGAGAAGCGAGCUUCGAAGACCAACUACUUCUUCGUCAUCAACCUCCUGGCAACUUUCUUCAUAUGCGCUUGCUUCAACGCAUUUGUCGUUGGGAGGGUCCUGCCCUCUCCGUCGUGCGGGCCGUACAGGGAGUACAGCAGGCCGGAUGACUUCAUGAGUCGUCGCAUCAGUUCCGGCAUCGAUGACUACCUCAGUGCUCCGCUCAGAACCCUCGUCCUCUUCUUCGGCUCCUGGAUGUUCUUCAUCGUCGUCGCCAUCAUUCUCGGUCUGUCCGUGCUGUAUUACCAAUCCAUCAUCGCCGGAAACAAAAUGCUGACCAAAAAUCUCAGAGACCAGUUAUCUUCUAUGCAGAACGACAAUCAAAUUUAUAAGAAAGAAUUGCAAUCAUUGAAGUGAAAUGUUACAAAAUAAUUCCCAAAUUCAUCACAUCUACUCAACACGAAAUAUGACUAAAUGGCCGAAAUCUCGAUUUUAAUUUUUUUAAAAAUUUUUAAUGAGAACUUUGAAGCAAUAGUUUUUCAUUCCCAUAUUUUUUAUGAUCAAUAAAAACAAGACAAACAAACUU